AUGAUGAGUGGAGGAGGAGGACAUCACGGUUCUAUGGAACAAUGGCUAUAUGAACACCAACAACUUGGCAACAAAUACCCUCAACAGCAGCAACAUAUGCUCAAAUCAGAACCUUCUUCACACGAACAACAACGUGACACACAGCAUAUAAAAACAGAACCACCACCUGAAAAACGGUUGCGGUUAGAUCACCACCAACAAGGACAAUUAAAUAACUGGAAGUCUGCAGAAAUGCAGCAACAAACAGAGCCCUCUAUACUAUAA